UCUUGGUGCCAACUCCCUGACGUGAGUUUUUGUCCCAGUGAAGGCAGGGUGGCUGCUGCAACGAGUGGGAAUGUGCCUGACAAGAUGAAGAGCCGAAUCCCCGUGGUGCUCCUGGCCUGUGGCUCCUUCAACCCCAUCACCAACAUGCACCUGCGCUUGUUUGAGGUGGCCAGAGACCACCUUCACCAAACAGGCAGGUACCAAGUGAUCGGAGGUAUCAUCUCUCCUGUCAAUGACAACUACGGAAAGAAGGACCUCGUGGCUGCCCGGCACCGGGUGGCCAUGGCCCGGCUGGCCCUGCAGACGUCCGACUGGAUCCAGGUGGACCCCUGGGAGAGUGAACAGGUGCAGUGGACGGAGACAGUCAAGGUGCUGAGGCAUCAUCACAGCAAACUGCUCAGAUCUCUGUCCCGGAAGGAAGGCCCGGACCAAGGCAAAGUUGACUCUCCAGCCCCCGCAGCUGUGCCUGAGCUGAAGCUCCUUUGCGGGGCAGAUGUCCUGAAGACCUUCCAGACCCCCAACCUCUGGAAAGACACACACAUCCAGGAAAUAGUGGAGAAGUUCGGCUUGGUGUGCGUGGACCGGGCAGGGCACGACCCGAAGGGGUACAUCCUGGGCUCGCCCAUCCUGCAAAGGUACCAGGACAACAUCCACCUGGCCAGGGAACCAGUGCAGAACGAGAUCAGUGCCACAUACAUCAGGCGGGCCCUGGGCCAAGGGCAGAGCGUGAAGUACCUGCUCCCCGAUGCCGUCAUCGCCUACAUCAAGGAGCACGACCUCUACGCCAGCCUCGGAGAGGAAUGAAGGUUAGCCGAGCUGGGGAGGGCCAGCUCCUCCUCCACUGAUCUCAUCCUGAGGACAGGGUGCUUACAGUCUUUGUUUUCCAGAGUUUUUCCAUUUUUCAUUUGGUUUGUUUUAACAAUGAUUUUGUUUGUGAGGCAUCUUCUGUCCCAGGAAGAGAUACCUUCUUCGGGGAGGAGCAAAUGUUUGCAUCACAAGGAUGGACAUCUAUCACACAAGUUAAAGUGGUGUGGCAGGUCAUUAGGUUUAGACAAAAGCUCUCAGAACCUCUGGAUGAAGAGGCCUUCUUAUUUUGUAAAUGGUAGUUAUGGCUGCACACUGAAGGGAGUUCUGCACAUGGCAGGGGGCCCCUGAGGGUCAGAUCAGAAUUGCCCACAAAGCGUUUUUUAACUAGGACCAGGUGCAGCUUGCCGGUCUUGAUUGGAGAGACUUGACAGGAUGCUAAUUACCAAACAGUGGGCUUUGUCAGUGCCUUGUUUCCACAAAGUAAUGCUCAUGGAGGAGUCCAAAAUUUGGAAGCAACACUUUGCUGAUUGACAUUGAAUCUUCCUUUACAAACCGUAGUCUGCCUACCUACUGGCCAUUGAUAAAAUUUAAACUAAAAUCUUUCUAGGUAGUGAUCCUCAAACAAUAUUUUUGAUACAAUACAUACAUAUAUACAUAUAUAUAUAUUUUUAAACACCGCUAUUCUAUAAAUGCCAGGGCUCCUGAUUUCCAGGUUUCUAAAAAAGAACAGAGGUAAAACAGAUGCCUUGACUGUUCUAGAAGAUCUUUUUGAAUGUUUUAUGACUGCCUGCCUGUUUGAAUAUUGGCGAAGGGAUAAAUAAUAAAUUGACAUCAA